AUGCGCCUCCUCAAUCUUGCCUCAUUUCUGUGUCUGCUCGGAUCCACUCAGGCCCUAUCAUUAGGCCAACGCUGUCUCGAAGCACUCAAUACCAUGAGCACCGUUCCCGGCCAAUACAUCGCGACCAUCGAGCGGGAUACAUGCAGUUGGGGCUGCAAACCUCGGCCAGAGGAAUGGGAUACGGUGUUCGAAGGGGUCAUCCAAAAGGUUGUUGAAGAUGGGGCGCGAUACACUGGCAUUGACGAUCCCAAGGCGCAGGCUGCUUUCGCAAGCUACCUGAAUGACGUCUUCCAAAAUGUCAACAGCAAAUGUGGUGGUCGCCUCGGCGAUGACAAUCUGUGCAACGAUUCUCCCCAAACGGCGGCCCUGAAGCAAUGCGUCGAUGAUAACGCCAAGUGGGCAGCAACGACAGCUGCCUUGCGGCUGGUGGGCUAUUUGUCCGAGGACAGGUGCGAGAAGGUAUCGGAUUACUUCAAGAGUGAGCAGCUGUGGAACAAGGAUUUGCCGAACAGGUCACAGGUCUAUGUUCAGAAUUGUUAG